AGGGAUGUCGCAGUUCACGGACACAGGGUGCGUGACUGGAUCCGGAAGUAUGACGUAGGAAUGCAAAGCCAAAACAAAAUAGCUUCUGUCGAGCUGUCAAACCAGGUAUGAUGCUGGAGAGUUGUGCAGCCUUUGCUAAUACAUAGUUAUAAUUAUAUAUAACAAGAUGUCGAUGACAACUAUGCAGAAAGUUACUCUGAUAUCCUGCUCUGUCGUAUGUGUUUCGUUAUUCCUUCCCAAAAUGCUUUUACCGAGAGGGAAGAAAGAACUAGGGCAGCCCGAGGUUGGUCCUGGGUAUUAUCCCCCCGCGAUGCAUCGCCUACAAAUGCCUGAGGACCAGUGGGUGGUGGCGACUCAUGACUCUGGACCGCACAGUCCUGAGGUCAUGGCUAAGGUCAAAGGCAUCGGCUCUGUUCAAAUCCGAGGAGCCAGUAAAACCAAUCUGAUCAGUCAGGUCAUUUCCAUCUAUGGAUUUGGAAUUCUGCUCUAUAUCCUCUUUAUUGUCUUUAAGAUGACAACUAGGCCUAAAGGGAAACGCACUAAGCUGGAAUGCAGAUUUCCUACAAUGUCAUCACAAGCUUGGAAGAAGAAAAGGACAGAUGAUGAGCUGACAAGGCUACAGGAGAAGCUGUUAGAGACAGAGAGGGUGAUGGAGAGAAUUGUCUCCAGAAGGUGCAGUACUCCUGAUAGGACUAGCAGUAAGGUUAGAAGAGCAUCCAAGCAGGAGGAGAAGUUACUGCGAAAGCUGAGUAAAAUCAGCCGGGUGUUGCAGGACGGACGACUGAUGGAAGGAGCCACACCUGAGAUGGAGGCUGAGAUGGUGCCUUACGCUGCUGACUGGGAGGGCUACCCGGAGGAGACCUACCCCCAAUAUGAGGAGCCAUGCAGAAGGCGCAGCGGCAGCUUUGACCCCCUCCCCAUCAUCAUCCUGGAGGAUCCUCCAGAUUCCGAAAUUCCUACUGCUGAAGCCCUAGCUGAGGAGGUGGUGGAGGAACAGGAUGAGGAGGAAGAAGAGGAGGUGGAAAAGGAGGAGCAGUUCUAUUCACCCCCACCUCGUGAACAAGGACUUGAUGAAAAGGGUAGUAUUCCCAGAAGAAUAAAAAAGCAAAUCAGAUUCAGCGACCACAAAGAUGUGUUUCACUACCCUAAACAGGAUGCAGUCUCUGAGUAUAGGUAUGAAGAGGUAAGGGAAGGGGAAGCGGAGGAAGAGGAGGAGGAGCUAGUGGAUGAGACAGAGAGAGAAACUGAGGAAGAAGAAGAAUUGGGGGACGAUGAAGACCCAGUGAUGGAGGCUGAGGCUCUAAGUUUUAAUUGUGACGUCUGUAGUAAUCCAGAGGCAGACGCAGAAGGAGAGAUGGAAGAAGAGUACCUUCUAUUGUCUCAGUCUGAAGAAACAGACGGCUUCACCCGACCAGAUAUGUCUGGGGAGUUAGGGAUGGGGAAUUUUCUCAGGAUGAGGAACAGGAGAGAGACAUAGAGGUCACAGUUAGUCAAAUAGAUCAAGUUAUUUUCCAAUCCAAUUGUUUUGAACAGAAACACUAUUAUUACAGCAAAAUAAAGUAAUUUUUUUUUUA